GAGAGAGAAGCAGAGGAAACGCGAAAACGGAGACGGAAGUUUUCAGACACUGAGAGGGAAAAAAAGAGGAAAAAAAAAAGAAAUUUCUUUUGAGAUUUUUUUUUCCCUUUAAGGUUCUGUGCUUCUUUUUCUCCUCUUGUCUCGGUUUCGAAAUCUCCGUCGGAAUCGGAAUCGGAGUUGUUUCUCUUUGCAGCCAUGGCUUUCGUUUCCUUUGUCGGAAGAGUUCUCUUCGUCUCGGUUUUCGUUCUCUCCGCUUGGCAAGAGUUCAAUGAUUUUGGUGCUGAUGGAGGACCCGCAGCCAAGUAUCUGAAACCAAAAUUCAACGUUUUCUCUCACAACUUUGCAGCUCAGACUGGUUUAGAACUCCCAAAAGUUGAGAUCCUGCAUCUUGUGGCUGGUGCCAUAGCUCUGAAGGGCUUGGGAAGCCUGCUCUUCAUCUUCAACAGCUCCAUUGGAGCCUUUCUACUGAUCUUGCAUCAGGCCAUUACUACACCCAUCUUGUACGAUUUCUACAACUACGAUGUUGAGAAGAAGGAAUUCAACCAACUUUUUGUGAAAUUCACUCAGAAUCUGGCAUUGUUGGGAGCGUUGCUGUAUUUCAUCGGCAUGAAGAAUUCGAUUCCGAGGAGAUCGCAGGCAGGGAACAAGAAGAAUCCCAAGUCAAAAACAUCAUAGAUAGCAUCGGAUGCAUUAAGGAGGAACAGAGCUGAAAGGAGAGGCAGGCGGCGUAUGUUUUUCUUUUAUCUGUAGGUCUCUUUUUGAACUGAUAAUCUCUUUCUUUUAAAUUUUUGGGUGUUUCUCGAAUUGGUAGUUCUAGUUGUUGUUGCUUCUUGGAGAGUGUGAUGUGUUUUUUUGUUUUGUUGUUUACUGUUUGUUCUUCGGACAUGGAAAUUUUUUUGGGUGUGUCGAGAAAUUUCCAGGUUGGGGGUUAAUUAAUUAUGUGAUUGUAAUGGAAGUUCUUUCGCAUAAUUUUGAAGUUUCUUUUCUGGAUUA